AUGAGCUCUUAUUUCGUCAACUCACUGUUCUCCAAAUACAAAACCGGGGAGUCCCUGCGCCCCAAUUAUUAUGACUGCGGCUUCGCCCAGGACCUGGGCGGCCGACCCACCGUGGUGUACGGUCCCAGCAGCGGCGGCAGCUUCCAGCACCCGUCGCAAAUCCAGGAGUUCUACCACGGGCCGUCGUCGCUAUCCACGGCUCCCUAUCAGCAGAACCCGUGCGCCGUGGCGUGCCACGGGGACCCGGGCAACUUCUACGGCUACGACCCGCUGCAGCGGCAGAGCCUGUUCGGUGCGCAGGAUCCAGACCUGGUGCAGUACGCAGACUGCAAGCUCGCCGCCGCCAGCGGCCUGGGGGAGGAGGCCGAGGGGUCCGAGCAGAGCCCGUCGCCCACACAGCUCUUCCCCUGGAUGCGCCCGCAAGCAGCCGCCGGACGCAGGCGAGGCCGACAGACCUACAGCCGCUACCAGACCCUGGAGCUGGAGAAGGAGUUCCUAUUUAAUCCCUAUCUGACUCGCAAGCGGCGGAUCGAGGUAUCGCAUGCGCUGGGACUGACAGAGAGACAGGUCAAAAUCUGGUUCCAGAACCGGAGAAUGAAGUGGAAAAAAGAGAACAACAAAGACAAGUUCCCCAGCAGCAAAUGCGAGCAGGAGGAGCUGGAGAAACAGAAGCUGGAGCGGGCCCCGGAGGCGGCGGACGAAGGCGACGCGCAGAAGGGCGACAAGAAGUAGGCUCCAGCUGGGACUGCCAGGGCCGCGGCCGCCCUGCCUCCGCGUGUCACCCGACCGCGCUGCCGUCGCCCGCCCCCGCCCGAGAGCUCUGGCCCCGCGAGCGGGGCCCGGAGCCUGGCCUCCCACCGCAGCGUCCCCGCCGCGCCAGUCCCCGCUAGUGGUAGUUUCUCGUAAUAGCUUCUGUGUGUGAGCUACCGUGGAUCUCCUUCCCCUCUCUUGGGGGCCGGGGGGGAAAGAAAAGGAUUUUAAGCAAGGACUCCUUCUCCCUGCUAGGGUGAGCGGCUGCGGCCUGGCUGAGCCCCACCCCCACGCCCCUGCCCCGUGUAAAAAGCCUCCUUGUGCAAUGGUCUUUUUUCCUUUGAACGUGCUUCUUUGUAAUGAGCGAGGUACUGAUUUCUGCUAAGUUCUCCCAACAACAUGAAACUGCCUAUUCACGCCGUAAUUCUUUCUGUCUCCCUCUCUCUCUCUCUCUCUCUCUCUCUCUCUCUCUCUCUCUCUCUCUCUCUCUUUCACCUCGUCCUCAUUUCCCCUCCCACCCCCCUCCC